AUGCCGGUGGUAUGGAACAGGCCCAACCACGGAAAUGGCCGCCAAAUUGUAGAUGGUCAAAUGAUCCAUAAAUCGGUGUUUACAACGUGUACGAUGGAUUAUGUGUCACGAGCCCAUCUACCUUUAUCUGCGGUCCCAUUUGUGCCGGUGAAGUGGCUUCGCCCGGUCCUGGAAGAGAGGGCACAGUCGGAAGCUAUUAAAUCGGAGCUCCUCAAGUACAACCUAGCUCUGGAAGAAGACUUUGACGAUCUCGUGCUGGACCUUCUGAACGAGCCACAGAAACUCCAGUCAGUACUGUCAUCCGCUGAAGACCGGCGCAAACUCCUUGAAGCACCCAAUAAGGACAACGAGUUGUUUCCCCUAUUCGUCCGGUUAAUCUUGAACUCGACGACCAACCAGGACUUGAUAGAAACGGACUCCUUCCGAUUACUCGUCCUUGGCGAGGAUGUCAGCCUUCUCAUGACCCUUGCCAUGUGCAUUCUGGGUCACGCCAGCAUUGGACCGAUCAAACAUAUGAGUGUUGUGUUCAGAUCCUUGGUGGGUCCUCGUACACCAGGAGCGGUGCACUUCUCGAUCACCACGGAUCCGUAUUUGCCUGAAGCACUUCUCUUGGAGAACCUGCACCCAGAUUAUGAGGAGCAUCAAAUCUCUCGUUUACCUCCUAUUCCAAAUUCCGGGUUGGCGCUGGCCUUGUUGGCUGCGGCUCGUUGGCGAUGGUACAUGGAUCAGAAGCCCCGCUCCAACCUCUUAUCUGACGAGGUCGAAGUCACGCUCAAAUUCGUUGAAGUCUUCGAUUGGGAUACCGACUUCAAGUUGUACGAAAACCAAGGGAAGACCUCUGACGAGGCUCCUCGCUCGCUUUCGAGGACGAACCUCCUCUGCCAAGACACUGUUGAGGUCGUCGGUAGAGGCAACUUCGGGGACCCGAUGAGGUUCUAUGGCAUGACAAUUACCAACGAGUCGGGUCUAGAUCUCUAUCUCUAUAUACUUUGGUUUGAUAGUGACUUGGGCUUUAGGCCAUACUAUUUGCCUCGUACCUCCGACCAGCCAUCGCUUCUUGCUGGUCAGUCGCUCAAUUGCCUCCAGGGCGGGGAGACAGGGUCCCCUAGGUCCUACACCAUUCCCUUCGGCCAGGAUCACGAUGUUGGCUUCAUAAAGCUCAUUCUGACCACAACGAGGCUCCAUUCUGGAUGGGAGGGCUGUCUCGUCGGAGGUGGUGGGACAAUGACCUUGGUGGACAGGCCUGGCGGACGGACAUGA